CCCAGAAUCUCUUUAAUGGACCGCGCGCAUGGGGUAGACUACGUCGGAAGUAUUCUCGCUAUGGGAGCCUUCAUCUCUGGCGUCGUGGCCGUGUCUUUCAAUGGUAUAACCGACGAGUGGGGUUCCGGACAAACCAUUAAUUAAUCUCUUCUGCUAUUCUGGUGUCCUCUUCAUCCUCUUAGGACUUCAACAAGUUUACGCCAUUUUCACCACCACUGGUUGACGUGUUUUCCCAGUUGAGUUUUUCAAGUCGAGGGCUAUGCUUAUCCUCUUCCCGCAACCGUCGUCCCUAUUUAAUCCCGAUCUUCUUUUAGUUUACCCGAACGACACCGCCCUCGAAGCCAGCGUGCGUCUUCUCCCCUUUAUCAUGCUCAUAAUUUUCGCCGUCAUCGAAAGUGGCGCUAUUCUCUCUACCUACGGCUACUAUAUGCAGAGGUACACGCUCGGCGGUCUCGUCUGCCUUACCGGCGGCGCGCUCAUGGACUGCUCAGGUUGCUCAGACUGGUCAGGUGAGCUGGCUGAGCCGAG